CGCAAAGCCCAGCGACGUUUCAGGCAAGUCGACGUACAGUACGUCAAUGCGGUAGUAGUGUAGCUUAGAGAGCCGUGUGUUAUCCUCUACAAUCGGUCCCAAACUGCCUUUCUGCCGGCAGGAACACAUUAAUUCGGUGAAGUGUCAUCCAAACCGCUAUGGGGAACGCAGAGAGCGGCUGCGGAGGAGGCAGCGGCGACGACGAAGACGUAGAAACGGAGAGCCCCGCUCUGGCGGAAGACAGUCCGGCCUCUGCGGCCACAGGCGGCGGAGGAGGCACCGGUCCCGGGAGAGGCGGAAGAGCACCCAAGAAUGUCGCCGUGCCCACCGGAGGACCGCCGAGCCCCGGUGUCCUUUUCGAACAAGUAAAACUAAGAGAAGCAGCGGCCCGUAUCAGCGACUCGGGAGUCGUCAUCCGGGAGUCUGUCCUGGCGGGGAACGAAGGAGUGCUGGUCCGGUGGCUGGAGGAGCGGCUCAACCGAGGGGAAGAGUCCGUCAAUGUGGAACAGUUUUGUGAGAUGUUGGAGAGCAGAGACGCCCCCAGGGACGAGUGUGAAGAGGCCUUUGGACAGUUCGAUGCCGAAGGAGACGGGGUGGUGGAUGUAGAGAGCAUGCUGAUCACUCUUAAGAAUUCCAACGGAGCUAAUCUACGGGGAGAGCUGAGUCAUGUAAUCAGACAGCUACAGGCGUGCUCCCUGACCCCAGGUUUUGUUGACAUUUUCUCCAAGAGCAAAGACCGCUUAGGCUCGCAUGCAUUCAAGAUCCUGAAAUUCUUGCACAGGAAUCAUAUUCCCAGCAGUGCCAUCCCUUUCCCUAUUUUGGAGGGCUACAACAGUAUCUGCACCAUGAGGUCUAGCGUCAUCCAGGACUUCCUCGAGUUCUUACUGCAAAAGGAAAAAGAUCUGGAUAUUCAGUACAGAGCAGAGCUGGACCGCGACCCGGAAGUGGACAAGGUCAAGGUGGUGACACAGUGCUACAGCUCCAUCGAAGCAUCAUCCAACGUCGCGGAUGUUUACAAGAUGACAAACGGGGAAACAUCGUCGUUCUGGCAGUCGGACGGCAGUGCACGCUCGCACUGGAUAAGAUUGAAACUGAAACCAGACUUGGUUUUGAGGCGUCUUGCCAUCGCUGUGGCGGCCAAUGACCACAGCUACAUGCCUCAACUGGUCUCGGUCAUGGUGGGCAAAAAUCGGCAUUCCCUGCACAAGAUCAGAGAUAUCCGCAUCCCCAGCAACGUGACGGGCUACGUUGCCCUCUUGGAGAACGCCAACAUCACACACCCCUACAUCCAAAUCAACAUCAAGCGGUGCCUGAGCGAUGGAUGCGAUACACGGAUCCAUGGUUUGAAGACACUGGGUUAUCAGAUCACCAAGAAUAAAGAGGUGUCCGUCUCGGAUGCUUCGGCCAUCUGGUACUUGUCUCUCCUCACCUCCUUGGUCACCGCCUCGAUGGAGACCAACCCUGCGCUGGCUCAGACUGUACUUCAGAGCACUCAGAAAGCGUUACAACACAUGCCACCAUUGUCCCUCACGCCGUCAUCCACCGACUUCCCCAAGUUCUUCUCCUUGAACAUCCUGGAGGAGGUGGACGCAUUUCUCCUGAGGAUAGCAGACUGCUGCGUGAGUCCUGAUGCUGAGCUGACCCUCCUCGCCUUCGCUCUGGCCAGAGGCAGUGUGGCCAAAGUGCUCCAAGCCCUUUCCUGCAUCAGCGAUCACUUACAGACGGAAUACAAGGCCUCCUCCCUCAUCGUUUCAAUGGCAUCCGUCAGGCUACAGCUUCUCUAUCGAAACGGGAAACCCCUUCAGCUGCACUUACAGGCCUGCGAUGUGAAGAGUAAAGAGGAGAAAUCAGGACCAGAGAACAUGUUUACAGAAUCCUCCACUGGAGAUGGUUUUCUCACCGAAAGUGGCAAGAAGAAAGCCAGCGUGAUCCUGUCUACCGAGGACCACACCAAUUUUCAGGUCACUCAAAUGAAGAUCAAUGUGCGAAAAGGGGCCAUUGGAGCGAAAUGUGGCUUGGUGUUUGCCUACAAGGACGAAGAACCGUUUGACGCAGAAAAACACUUCAAGAGGUUCAGCAAGUAUGACGCGUGGGACUACCGGGACUACAAAGACUUUGUACAAGACAACUUGAGGAUUCCAGCAGUGUCCGAGGAUGAUCCCAUUGGUUGGUUUGAGGUGGAGGAGGACUGGAAUGAUGUGGAGAUCAAGCUGCAGCAGUGUCGUGUCGCAAAGUUUCUGAUGGUAAAGUUCCUGUGCACCAGGCAGGACACCGCUGAGCGCCUCGGUGUGCAGUCUCUCAGCUUCAGCGGCUACUCCUGCGUUGAAACCGAGAAGCUGGGGGACCUUGACGACCUCAGCUCUGAGAGAGAGCACAGCAAACACGAUGCAGUCACUGGCCUUUGUCUUCUGAACAAAACCUUGUUCUUCAUUCAACAGCUUACGCAGGAUUUGGAUACCUCUCACUUAAAGUUAAAGUAUCUUCUGGACUUCACUGGGCUUAACCUGGAUCUCUUCUGGAGCUUCUACAGUAAACUGAUGGUGAUUGAGGGAGAAGAGGUGUCGAGGAGUCGAAUCCAUCUCCUCCAGUUACUGCAGAACUGUUUCCCCAUGCUGCCCAGCCCUUUGCCACCUCGGCCCGCCGAGGCCAGCGGAGCAUCGGUUGACCCGGCGGCAGACGGAGCGUCCGCAUCCGAGCCUGUCACUGAUUCUGUCAGGGCCGUUCAGGAGCUUUACUCUCACCUCUGCCACAUCGUGAAUGAGCCUGAGGGGGAGACAUUAGUGGAAAAAGCCUUACGCAAGGAGGCCGUGACGGCCAUUCUUAUUGGAGCGGCCGUCUUCUUCCCCGAUAAGCACAUCAGGCGGGACAGACUCUUCAACAUGAUGAAAAAUAUCACAGAAGAUCAGCUGCCGUCAAUCAAAGUGACGUUUGAGUCACUGUGUAAUUACUUCAGUGACCAGGAUCCGAGUGGCCUUCUGCUCCUCCCGCCUAAAGGCGCCCACGCAGACUUCGACAUCCACCCAAGUCUGGCAGUAAUGGAGACGCUGCUGCAGGUGGCAACACGAGAGUGUGAAGUUAUGAUGGUGGAUGAGAGCGGUGGAUCCAGUAGAACAGUGAUGCUGUCCUUGUUCUGGGCUCUGCAAGGUAGCCUCCUCUCUUGGUGCUACCUCCAACUCAAAGGAACCACCUCCACCGCUGCUACCAUGGAGCUGGCCAGAGACAUGCUAUUACAAUAUGUGAACCUGUUCUUGACCAGUAUUAAAGGCAUCCUCGGUUCCCUGCUGGAGAAAUACACCGGCACCGAGAUCACCAACAAACUAGGCGACUCCAUCUUUGCCACGGUCUUCAGACAGCUGCUGGUUUUCCUCCUGGAACUUUGCUCUUUGGACAUUCCUCACUGUCUGCUGCUCAAGAGCUUCUCGUCUCUGAUUGAACUCCUCAAAAGUCUCUCCAGUAGCACGGGAAACAUCUUUUCAAAGGACGACCAAGAGAGCUGGCACCAGCCCCAGCAGCCUGUGGUGCUCAGGACCUGGACCAUGGAGUCCUCCCAUAACUAUGAAGACAGCCGCCAUGAGACCAGCAUCUUCGCCUGCCCCGGUGCGACCUGCUUUGAAGUCGAGUUCGAUGAACGCUGCGAGACGGAGAAGAGGUAUGACUACCUGGAAUUCACUGACUCCAGGGGUGGGAAGUUUCGCUACGACAUGAAGGUUGGAACCGAGAAAUGGCCAAAGAAGGUAACGUUUGACACGGGCCCCCAGCUCCAGUUCCUGUUCCACUCUGACAGCAGCAAUAACGAGUGGGGUUACAAGUUUACCGUGACAGCUAUGGGUCUGCCCGACAUCACCAUUUCGUGGAUGUCUGACCUACAGCUGCUCGUGGCUCGCUUAAUGGGGCGUCUUGCCUCCAGAACGCUGGCGCUCAAAUCGCCUCAUGAGGUACGUUCUGUGAAAGAGCUUCCACCUUGGAAAGUGUCCCAUGUUCAGUCUUCACCUCUGUGGAAACCCAUUCUCCGACAUGGCUUGUGUGAAUCAAGGGACACGGGUCAGAACAAAUCAGUUCAGAUCAACACAUAUAAACCUGAUGACGUAAUGAGGUUCCUGGAGAACUUUGCCCGAUGGAACCCUUCCCAAGAGACGACAGACACCGGAACGGAGCUGUUGAGAAUCCUUGUGCAGUGCUGCAGAAAACAGGCAGUGAGGACUGAGGUCGCCACGGGGUCGAUGACGGACCAUGCGGUGAAUGCCAUUUGGGCGGCCAUGGUGUACCAUACACCCGCCCUCGUCCAUGCCUUGAAUACCUACGUCAAUCAGGAAUGCAAGGCCUGUUUCAGUGAGGACUUUGUGCAGGUGUAUUCGCUGGCUGACGGCAUCAGAACUUGGAUGUUGGAGAUGAAGCAGAGAUAUAUCGUGGGUAAAAUGAACGCUCCGGACGAGAAGGAAGGCGGUCCCGAUGAGGUUACUAUGGAGACACUAGCUGAGAUGUGCAUUGAAAAGUCCCUCCUGCUCUUCAGGUUUUCCCCUUGCGGCAUGCUGGCCGCGGACUGUGAUUGGUCCAAAACUGCAGAGGGCAGCAGUGCUCCUCUUCACCGCCCUAUCUCAAUCUCCGAAGACGACUUCCAGGCCAGCUCCUCGCUUGAGCAUCCGACAGUGUCAGUGUCAGACAACGUUGAGGCCAAGCCAGGACAUAGCCACGUCCCAAUCCCCUCGUGUGUGCACUGCAAGGCAGGCCACAAAGGCUCCACAGAGAGCCUCUCAUCCUGGGGAGCCGGGAGUCCGGCCUCUCCUUCUGCCUUAUCCCACAAAGCCUCAUUCAGCCGGGCACGACUGCGUCUCCUCUCAUGCCGCUCUAUGGAAGAACCCUGCUCGACCCCCUCUAUCAGGGAUCGCUACCAAGUUCUCAAACACAUACUGAACUUCAUAAAGGACAAUGCUCUCACAACAGCAAAUAUCCUGCAGACCCUGUCCCUGAACAAGGCCCAGGCUGUUAGUGUGUGCAGAGUCCUGGAGAUCGUUCAAGAGUGUUUGCAUUCCCUGGGAAAGCCGCACCUUUUCCAAGCCCCCUGCAUCCUGUUUCUACAGGAACUGUUGACAUGUCAGAAAGACUUCACCAGUUAUUUCUCUCAGCUGUCAGACAGCGAGCGAGAGCUCGGAGAACAAGUGCGGCGAUCCUACCAUCAGCUGAUCCUCAUCCUGGUCGAGGCGGUCCAAGGUUUCAAUAGCCUCAAUGAAAAAGCUCUUCUACCAGCCCUGUCUUGUGUGCAAACCUGCUUGUUGCACCUCCUAGACAUGAAUUGGGAUGUGCACGACCUUCCUCUGUUUCUCAACAUCAAGCUUCCUGAACUCCUGCUAAGCAUGUCCCAGGAGAACAUUAGCGUUCAUGACAUUGCCAUCAGUCAGUGGACAGAAGAGGAUGAAAUUGCAGACUACAAAAAGAACCAGGAGUGGAUGGGCGAGUGUAUGGACGGCAUGUUUGAAAAGUGGUAUGACAAAAUCGAUGAAGAGGACUCCAUGGAGGACAGACGAAAGAUGCACAUGUUUAUUGCCCGUCAUUGUGACCUGCUCAAUGUUGUGAUCUCCUGUGACGGCUGUGAGAGGAUGGCACCUUGGCACCGCUACCGGUGUCUGCAGUGCAUGGAUAUGGACCUCUGCAAGACCUGCUUUCUCAGCGGCGCCAAGCCUGAAGGCCACGAGGAUGACCACGAGAUGGUGAACAUGGAGUACGCCUGCGACCAUUGCCAGGGGCUCAUUGUCGGCAGCAGGAUCAACUGCAACGUGUGCGAAGACUUUGACUUGUGCUUUGGCUGUUACAACGCAAAGAAAUACCCUGACAGCCACCUGCCCACUCAUCGCAUCACAGUUUUCCCGAUGGUGACCAUUCGAAUAAGUGACCGUCAUCGCUUGAUCCAACCGUACGUGCACAACUACUCCUGGCUUCUGUUUGCCGCUUUGGCCCUCUACACGUCUUCAGAAGUGAGCACUAAGAACCAGAUAGAGGGCCAAUCUCUAGACGGCGUCACCCUGGGUCAGGCCUCAGCCUUGCAGACGUGCUGCUCCAAGCUCAUCACCGAUUGCUUGCUCAAAGGCCAGACCAGAAAAGGUCUUCGUUCUUCAGCCUUGCUCAAUCUGCUGCUGUCCAACGAAUCGGCCUCCGACAGUGAGCUCUGUCCAGUCUCCCCGGAGUCUCUCUCUCAGGAGGUCAGCACCGCCACCGACACCUCGUCUCUCCCUGGCAGCACUGCAGCCGUCUGCUCCCCUUCUUCACCUAAAGACAAGAGUAAGCCAUCGGGAAAAGACCAAAAGCCAAAGGAGGUGAACUCUCCUCUGACGGCUCCUUCAGAAAUGUUUUUACCACAGAGUACAACGGAAAUUGAGAAAAGGAGGCUCGUUACACAAGAUACUUUGGAGUCAGUCAGCCUCAGUAAAACACCUUCUGUGUCCAGCGAGGACCCCCUUUCCCCUGUCAUCAGACCUUCAGAGCACAGCCCGGCAUCGGACACUGUAAAGGAGACGGAUGACCUGCUGCCCAAGGUUCCCCUCCAGGAACACGUCUUUUCAGAAUGCUCCAGAGAGAGGAUCCUUGGACUUUUAGCAGCCAUGCUGCCACCAGUCAAACCGGGGAGCACUCUGUGUCUGCCAAGCGUGAGCGCCAUCCUGCACCAGCUUUUCAGGGUCGUCAUUUCCAAUGCUGGUUCUCUCAAUGAGACAUACCACCUCACUCUGGGCCUACUGGGACAGUUACUGAUGCGAAUCCCUCCGAUUGAGGCCGACUGCGCCGUCACCGAGGCCCUGACGGACAAAUAUGAGCUGCUAACACAGGGAGAGGCAGCCAUUUCCGACACCAAUGGCUGGAAGACGAUCCAGUUGCUCUUCUGCUUGGGAGCCGUUUGUUUAGACAGUCGUAUUGGUCUGGAUUGGGCCUGCACAGUUGCAGAUAUUUUGCACAAUCUCAACACUUGUCCCGAAUGGAGCACCGUCAUCGCUGCCUUCACUGACCAUUGCAUUCUGCAGCUUCCACAAACUCUCAAACGUACCAACCUCUUCACUCUGCUGGUGUUAGUGGGAUUUCCCGAGGUGCUGUGCGUUGGCACACAGACGGUGUUUGUUGACAACGCCAACGAACACCACAACAUGAUCUUGCUCAAACAUUUUACUGAAACAAACCAAGCGGCCGUGGUGGACAUUAAGACACGCAAGAGAAAAACAGUCAAGGACUAUCAACUCAUCCAGUCUCAGGAUUCGACAGCAUGCCUUCCGGGGCAGGCGGAGAGCCAGUGUUCUCCUAAGACGCUGCUCAGCCGCUACCUGGCCAACUUCAUCUCCAUCAUCUGCCACCUGCUGCAGACCGGCCAGGAAAAUUGUUCUCCCGAUGCUGUGGAGGCGUCCUGGGUUCUCUCCUUGGCGCUUAAAGGCCUCUACAACACAGUAAAGAACAUCGGAGUGGCGCAGGCUCAGGAAGCCAUCCGCCAGUCGGGAUUGACGCAGCUGCUCGUGAGGAAGUGCAGCAAAGGGACGGGCUUCAGCAAGCUGUGGUUGUUGCGAGAUCUAGAAAUUCUCUCCAUCAUGCUAUAUUCCUCCAAGCGGGAAAUACAUUCCAUGGCUCAGGACCCCGAGCGGGACCAAAGGGAGCAGGAUAAAGAGCACGACUCGGAUCACUCCAGCAGCAUCGCCGACGACACGGACGUCAACAAGCCCGAUCCUCUAGACGGUCUCGAUGAAGAGACGAAGAUUUGCUUUCAGAUUACCCAUGAUGCCUUAAACGCGCCUCUACCCAUUCUACGAGCCAUGUAUGAGUUGCAGAUGAAGAAAACAGACUCUUUCUUUCUGGAGGUGCAGAAAAGAUUUGACGGAGAGGAGAUUAAAACAGACGAGACAAUCCGCACUUUAGCUCAGAAAUGGCAGCCAACCCGACGACCUCACUCAGAGGAGCGAAACAUCAAGGCUGUUGACACCGAUAUGAUUGUGGCGUCCUGCAUCUCUAAACCCGGUCAAUGUGACAAAGCCACGGAGGAGAUCAACGUCGUGACGCAGCGACUCAUCACCAACUCGGAAAGCGACCUGCAGCUAAGCUACGCCAAACAACGACGCACAAAAAGCUCGGCUUUGCUGCACAAAGAACUGGAUGUUCGCAGCAAUCGGGCGGUCGGUCAGUACUUGGUGAAGGUCAACCACGCCAUCGCCACGCUGUACGCCCGUCACGUGCUCGCGUCACUGCUGGCCGAUUGGCCUGUUGAGGCACAGUUGAGCGAGGAGGCCUUAGAACUGAACGGUGCAUCUCACAUGGCCUACAUUUUGGAUAUGUUAAUGCAGCUGGAGGAGCGGCCGCUGUGGGAGAAGAUUCUCCAAAGGGUAUUGAAAGGCUGCAGCCAAAGUAUGCUAUGCAGCUUGUCCCUCACUGCCUGUCAGUUCAUGGAAGAGCCUGGUAUGGCCGUGCAGGUCAGAGAAUCCAAACACCCGUACGACAACAACACUAACUUUGAGGACAAGGUGCACAUCCCAGGGGCCAUCUACUUGUCUGUGAAAUUCGAUUCCCGCUGCCACACAGAGGAAGGUUGUGAUGAAUUUAUCAUGUCCAGCAGUAGCGACUUCCUGCAGGACGUCCACAUCUUCAGUGGCUCCCCUCAGAAAUGGUCUGAUUUUGAGAUUCCAGGUGACACCCUGUACUACAAGUUUACGUCAGACAUGAGCAACACAGAGUGGGGCUACAAGUUCACCAUCACAGGAGGUCACAGGGGUCGCUUCCAGACAGGUUUCGAGAUCCUGAAACAAAUGUUGACGGAUGACCAAGUGCUCGGUCAGCUGCCAUUGGCCGAUAUCUGGGAGUGGCAAGUGGGCGUGGCGUGUCGCCAAACGGGGAACCAGAGACUCAAAGCUAUUCACUUGUUGCUACGUCUCCUGCAGUGUCAAUCCCAGACAGCCUAUGUGCUGACCCUGCUUCGACCUCUGUGGCAGCUCUUUAUGUCAAUGGAAAACAACUUGAGCCAGGACCCGACCAGCAUCACUGUACUGCUGCCUCUUCACAGAGCUCUCACAGAACUCUUCUUCAUAGCAGAGGCCCGCGCCAUUACACAGGGAGUCCUCCAGGAGUACCUGUUAGCAAUGACCACUGAUGAGCAACUCCUGAAUCACACAGCGUUGGCUCUGAAGAACAUCGCCGCCAUCAGCCUGGCUAUCAAUUACCCCAAUAAAUCUACCAAGCUGCUCAACGUGUCCACAUGAGGGAUUCGGACUCAGAGCGACCAUGAAGGGUGAGGGAGAAAACGCUCCCACUUAGCAGCCAGUGCUUUUUUUUUUUUUUUUAAUUCCUGUGACAGGAAACCAACUGGCGGCUCUCAGCAGCACUACGGACUCGAACUGCUGAAGCCGACUCAAAAGAGCACCUUUUACACUUCCUCACAACCCCCUUUGCCUUAGGUGAAGCCCAUACGUCUCAUGUGCAUUCACAUGUGGAUAAUGUGCUCCUUUUUUUUUUUAAAUUAUGUAUUUUUUUUUACUGGAUGAUGAUAAUGAUGCUGUGAUGAAGGACUCGGAUUUUUGCCAAAUUCCCAGCGUUUACCCCUUUUGCCUGUUUUUAUUCAAUCCGCAACAAGAGCCUCCCGGUGGGGGGGGUUAUGCAGUCGAGCGCCAUGAAAAACGGGUCACACAAAACGCCUUAGUCGUCUCAGCGGAUAUGCAGAGCAUCCUAAAAUACUGUCCGGGACAGUGAAGUCUUAUUUGCCGUCACAGGGGGAAAAAAAAGCUGAACUAUUUCCUUUUCUCCUAUGCUAGGUUCUUUCUUUCCAGGCGACCACGCAAUGAGAACGACAGUAGUAUUCCGAAUGGGAAGGGGGCGGGGCUCAUGUUCCAGGAUAUAAUAAUCAGUAUGUGUAAAACAUGUAUGUGUGCCAGAUAAACUUGAUGCCAUA